AUGACAGCCCCAAUAUUGUCUGCAAGAGGAGGCCUCCCAGUUCCAGGAUGGAUUCUGAGCUUUGGUGGUUCUACUGUAUUAUUUUUUGCCCUAGUGGAAAUCAUGAUGUCCUACGCAGAAAUCCACAAUGCUCUAUUGUCCAUUGACUGUGGUGUAGUCAUCUCUUCCAAGGGGUCUACUGUGCUUUUCCCAACAAAGGCAAGCAGGGAGCAGAAACUGCUUACCAAACCAACUGGAGUAAUUAUCCUAUCAUCUGAUAGCUCUGGUGCCAUACCAUCUGUAUGUAAGCUCUCUCCUGGCCAGGCUGCCUACCAUUUCUUGGCUGGAUAUCACGAUGGAAAAUUUGUCCCAGCAUACAGUAGAGCCCCCUCUCCUGCUGACCCACUUGCACUUGCAAUUUCUUUAUUCUCACAUUUGAAAGAAGAUGAUACACCGGCAUAUCUGAUCAACGCUAAGCACUCUGGAAAGUACAUUGGCGGCAAUGGGCUUAUGAAAUUAUUAAAGCUGGCACUAUCUCACGAUCUUCCUGACAAAAAAACUGAAGGCUCUAGAGUUCAAGCUCUGCAACGGGAGGUCUGUUCAGUUUGACGUCGGCAACGUGGUCAUGGUGACAAGGAACACCGGAUGUGUAGGAGUGAUCAAGAACUGGGAGAAGCACAAGGGCAUCUUCGAGGUCAUCGACGUGCUGCUUGGAGCUUUUUGCAUGCUAUGUCUAGUUUUCUCCUAUUUGUUGUACAGGAAAACAUAGAAUGGAAUUCAAAUUUGGUGGUCGCAAAAGUGUGGAGACUUGAAUUCAUAUAAAGUUAGGCUUAACAUUAGUACAAAAAGUUGUAUUUUAGUUUAGAUUUAGAGUACACUUAUGUAUGCCUUGUUUGACAACGCUUAUUUAUGAUAUAUUGAAUGGUACUUAUUUAUAUUAUAUUAA